AUGACAGGAAGUAAAUACAAAAAAAUAGGUCUGAUCUACUCGUGUGUAAUAGAGGACAGUAAAUCAGACAUGGAUAUGGACACGUCAGAUCACCCCAAAUCACCCACAGAAGCCAGGAGGGAAAGUAUUGAAGGCGGGAGUACAAUAAAUAAAGCGUUGCCCAGCCCCGAGAGCUCUCGCCAGUGUCCUGAAUUUCAGGCACCUUCUGCUGGGGAUCUUUGUGGCAGUGAACAGACUGAUCCUGAAGCCAGAAAAAAUUGUGAGGCACGGUGGUUACAGUUAUUUCAGCUGGUAGAAAGGCAGUGUCAAGAUCAAAUAGAUGCCCAGCAAGAACAAUUUAACCGUCAGUUACAGCUCAUCCGUGAGGAAAUUAAACGCUUAGCCCAGUUACAGGGAAGCAGCUUUGCUUGGAACUGUGGGACAGGCAAUACCAUUUUACCUCAAGCAAGUGGUGCCCAUCCUCCAAGUGCUGAUAUUGGACAGCAUUCCCAAGAUGAAGACAGGGGCGAAAGCACCAACACCGCAUUCCAUCUGCUUCAGGAACUUGAUAUUCAGAAAAGAGCUUUCAUUACACAGGAGCACUUUCAAGAGAAUACCUCCAUCAGCAGUGGCUAUGGAACGCUUUCUGCCUCUGAGCCAAACGCUUGUUUAAGCUCCUGUAGUAAGAAUACCUCAAGGAAGGCCAGGUUGCCAACACAACAGACUUUUGUGGAAUGCAGAACUGAGUUGACCAAGCAUCCCCAUUUAACUCAUCUACCUGUGGACAGUGAAAAACCUUUCAUGUUGAUACCUGAUACAAAAUGUCUGACACACCUUGAGAAAUCAUCUGAAGGAGACCUGUCAGGAAGCCACACAAACUAUGAGAAAAGGGCUGUCAGUCAAACUACUCAGCCAGCCAGUAAACCGCUGACAACAUGGGCCCAGAAGCUCAGACAAACGCAUCAAAAAAGAUCUGUUCAAAUUGAACAAAGCUCUUCCAUGCAGUCAAAUCCACAUUCAGAAAGAGAUUCUGACAACACGGAGGGUUCUUCAAAUAUGUUCUUUCUCAACAAUCGAGCAGAAAGUGCAAAUUCCUUAUUUUCUACAGGAUCUGGGUUUACAUACUGGAUGUUAGAUGAGAAAGACUUGUAUCAUCCUUUGCCUGAUAAUCUUGAAACUGGAGUUUCCAAACUUUUUCAUGCUAAAGAGCCUGAUGAGGCAAGGAUUCCAUCUCUCACAGACCUAUAUCAUAGGAAGCAAAGAGAAUAUGGACAGUGCCCUGCCUGGGAACCACUCCCUCCCUCUGAACACACUCACCCUCCAGAGAUAUUAACUUUAGAUCCAACGCUACACAAAAAGCAUCCUCACAGUGUUAGUCUGUGUAAUGAAAGUUAUACAGCUCCUUUAACUCCAGACUCCAUCUUGGAAAGUGCCCCAUACAAGCAGUAUGAUGACGAGUCUUUGUCUGCUACCUCAUCACUGUUGGGGGAUUCACCAAACAGAUCUCCACACAGCCCAGUGGCAGAUGUAGAGCAGUGUAAAUCUACCAAAUAUCAAACAAGGAGGGAUAUAAAUUACCAUCCACGUCGGGGAGAUAGUGUUGAUGAAAGAAUGAACUGUACCGAAGAUGAUGUCAAUAGCUUGACCCCUUCCUCCAUGCCCCAGUCACCAUUGCCAGUUGCAGAAGAGAGCCUAUCCCACCCUUCUGGUGUCCUGUCUGCAGACCACCCUAUGAUGCUUUCCAAUAUCAGACGAAGUUUAAGAGAAAAACAUGCUCGCCACUUGGCCGACCUGCGAGACUACUAUGAAUCAGAAAUCAGUAACUUGAAGCAGCAGCUUGUAGCAAGUAACAAAUCUACUACUACCUCAGAGGAUCUGAUGAAGAUUAGCAGCUUGACUGAGCGGUGUUCUCAUAUGGACGGUGCUUUGGCAGAAGCAAGUAAACGAAUCCGUAUGCUUGAGAACAAAAAUAAUGAACUGGAAAAACAAGUGGCUGAGUGGAAGGAUCGGUAUUACAGUGCCAGCAAUACUUCAAAAGAUCUGCAAGCACACAUUGAGGAAAUGAGAACGAGGAGCAUGGAAAAGGAAACCGCAAUAACCCGACUGCAAUCUAGACUCAAAGAAGUUGAAGGGUCAUUUGAGAAAGCUUUCAAAAAGUCUGACGAUAAAGAUGAACGAAUAAAGCAAGAGCACAAAAUGUUUCAAGAUCUUUUGUUGGAAUAUAAAUCACUUGGAAAGGAACACGAAAGAGUAAAAGACACGCUAGGCACGACAGAAAAUAAGGUGUGUGAGGCUCAAACUGAAGUAAAUGAGCUCAGAAGGACAGUGUCAAAGCUGGAAACACAGAUUAGGCAACUGGAGCAUGAAAACAUGGUGAAACUUCGACGCAUUGCUAAAGGCCAGUCAUGGUCAUCCAGCUUAAACAAAGAAUUGUCGCACACUGUGGGUAGCCUGCAUACUGCGGAUACUGCACACUGGAAGACGCCUGGAACACAGUGUACUGUUUUCUCUGGUCAACCAGUUGACAACAAAACCAUAGAAAUGGAGAAUAAACAUGAUGCCUCAUAUGUGCCAAACAGGCACCAUUCUCCUCCAGAAAAGGAAGCCUUACAUAAUUAUAUAGCAGCUAAACCCACGACAGAAGAGCGCAGUACUCAGGAGAGUCCCAUUCUAAAAGCCUUGAGAGACUUUGAAGAAGAAAAAGGGUUGAAAGGCUGGAAAAAGGAAAGUUCUAUAUCAAAUCUUUUAGGACCGUCCAGUAAACCGCAAACUGUGGGAUUCAAUGACUGCUGUACUCCACGCGAUUCUCCAGAUAAAAAUAGAGAUCGGCAAAAACACCUUAAUUCCCCAGCUGGCCCGCGAUCCUCUUCACUCCCACCUUCAAUCAGGAAGACAUCCACUGUUACUACCCCAACAAAGCGUGAAUUGAUGUUGAUCCCUUUGCAAGUGAAGUACAGCCCAAAGCGUUCUCCUAUUGAAAAUCUUUCUCCAGGGCUGAGUCAGUUGUUAUGUGAUGAGGAAAACACAAUGACAAGGUAUGAUGUUGCUUGGGCAGAGUCAUCAAAAUGUAAAGAUCCAAGUCCCAGAAAAAGACUUCAGUUUAUGUCUUUGGAAGAUUCAGAAGAGAAGCAAAAGACUAUCAUUAAUCCAAAGAGCAGCAGCGAGUCACAGCUUCCUUUAGUAAUGCCACCAUAUGAGACUGAAAUUACAUGCAAUGAGAGAAUGAAAAACAUGGCUGACACAGAGAGGCUGUUUGAUGAGUUAACAGAGGAGAAAAAACAGAUAGAAGCUGCUCUCAGUCGAAUGCCAAGUGUUGGUCAUAGAAUGAGCAUGCAAACGAGAGUUAUGAAGGAAAACUUGGAAGAUCGCCUGGAAAAAAUUAACCGUGAUCUGGGGUCAAUCCGAAUGACACUAAAAAAAUACCAUAUUUUACCAACCUCUGCAAAUAUUUAGUGUUCUUAUAUAUCCUGUGAACUGGCUUUUUAUUUUUGCACUACUGUGAACUUAUGCACUGACUUCAAGCAUAAUUACACUUUUUUUUUUAUAAAGAAGAGUUGUAUCUGCAAGGCUAUG